AUUUCCUCGAAAGCGGGGCGAUCUUAGAUCUCACAUAAUAUUCGUCCUCCUCCCGCUAACCAUGUACUUGCCGCGCAUCUCCCCCGCCGCCGGCACCGGCACCGGCACCGCCACUACUGUCAGAAGCGUCGCGGUUUCAGGCGAUGUCGUCAAUUCACGGCCGCCGCCACCAAACAGUAAACUGCGUUUACUCUGCAGUUAUGGAGGGCGCAUAACCCCACGCCCUAACAGUAAAUCCCUCUUCUACGCCGGCGGUGAGACUCGCGUCGUCGCCGUCGAUCGUCUAACCACAGGUUCAUCUCUAUCCUCUUUCACCGCUCACCUUUCUCGGUCUUACAACAUCAACCGUCGUUUCAUUCUCAAGUAUUUACUCCCAAAUGAAGACCUCGAUUCUUUAAUCUCCGUUACCAACGAUGAGGAUCUAGAGAAUAUGAUUGAAGAACACGAUCGCCUUGCAAACUUUCCUCAAUCAUCUCGAAUCCGAUUGUUCCUUUUCCCUGAUCAAAAGAUUGAUUUGAUCGGAUCGGAGAUUCUCGAUACGAAGGCUGAAUCCUGGUUUUGCGAUGCGUUGAUGAACACGAAGAUUACUGGUCUUGAUAGUUCGGAUUCGUUAAUUGAAGCUUCUCGAGUUGAGUAUUCGAAUAACUGUAGCGAUUUGAAGCAGGGUUUUGAUUUGACUUCAAUUCCUGAAUCAAUCGUGCUGGAUACUAGCUCGUCUUUUGGUUCCUCAAGCUCGUCAGUAUCAAUGUCGAAUUUGGGCUUGAUUGGUGCACAUGGAGAAGAUACCGCCGUCAAUUUGCCGGAGAAGAAGGUUAAAAUUCCGUCUCAAAGUUCAGUUGAAAGUGAUGUUACUAGCACCACAACUGCUCUCCCUUUCAUACAGACAACAACAAUCUAUCAAGACCAAAUUCCUUCAAAUAUCAUUGAACAAGAAAGCUGCAUUAUCCAUGAUCCUCCUCCUCCUCCAUUUACAGGAAUUUACAUGCCAAAACAUCUUCAUCAUCUUCCUCCUUACCAUUCUCCACAGCCAGAUCACUCACAAAUCCACCAAGAACUGCAAUAUAUUCAACCACUCCCUCAUUUCAUACCCCAAUACCCUCCAAACUCUCAACCCAUCUCAUCUUUCUACCCAGUUUACUAUUCCCCGAUCCAGCAACAACCCACUUUAACAUAUCACCCAAACUCGCCAUACCCAUUUUACCCUUUGCCUGUCAAACCAACCCAAAAGGGCAAUAUUUCUAUGCAAUAUAAUACAGUAGACUCUCUGUAUCCUCCUCGUUCUUCCAAUGAUACUCCUCCUCCUCUAGAUCAGAACCAGCCACCAUUGGAACCACCAGUUGUUGAUUCGAUUUCUAAACCGAAUUGUGAAAGUGGUUAUGAGGAGGAAGCAUACAAUCUGAUAUACAAAACUCAACCUGCUUCACCGUCGUUGCUUGCAAUGUAUUAUGAAGCUGGGAAAGCAUCUGCCUCGAAGCCUUUAAUGAAAAAUUGACGUCCAAAAAGGGAUUCAUAAUUUCAUAUACUAUUACAGUUUUGUGGUAACAAUAUUUAUAGUUUGUAUGGAAGUGACACAAAUGAGUACUGCUUACUGAAACUGGUUCAAAUUUUUAUUAUGUUUCUUGUUAUAAAGAAUAAGUGUUUCCGAUGGUUAUUUAUUUGAUACG